AAUCUACCCAACCCCACAUACCAAUAUAUUCAACACUGAUUCAUGACCCCAUCAUCUUCUCAUUGAACGGUGUAUGUUUAAGUCAAUGUCAACCCCUCAAUGGUGAUCUUGAUCCCAUCUGAUCAAAUACAACCAUCUCAACUUGAGUACUGAACAUUCAUCAAACUUCAAACUUGAAACUUGAAACCUUCUCACAAGUGGGGUGUGAAGAAGCAAUCAUAGAGAAUGGAAAUGAGAGGAGAGGUGAUUGAGAAGGCUUAUGGUGGGUGUUGGAGGGCUCACAGGUCACCAGACAGACCUUACCUUGUUGAAAAGAUCACCAGAAACGACCCUUCUGAAGUUAUCAUCUGUUUUCCUGGAUCAGAUGCUGUGAAGGAUUGGUACUCUCGGAGAAACUUUGGUGAAACCAAAAUAGAUCUUAGUCGCUUUCCCUCACUCAGAAGCAUUGGUAACGAUGAACCUGCUUUAGUCAAUGAGGCCUUCUUAAAAAGAUUCCAAGGCAUUUUGUUGGCAAAACCAUCACUUCCAGAUGAGGUGGAGAAAGCUAUGGGUAAAAAGAAGCAAAUAGUGUUUGCAGGGCACUGUUCUGGUGGUCCAAUGGCCAUUCUGGCAACCCUAUGGACCUUAGAAAAAUAUCGAGCUCCAAAUUCCCAUGGGGGUAUCCCUCCCCUCUGUGUAACCUUUGGUUCACCCUUAGUUGGGAAUCACAUAUUUUCCCAUGCCACAAGGCGAGAAAAUUGGUCUAGAUACUUCUUUCACUGUGUGAUGAGAUAUGACAUAGUGCCACGAAUCCUCUUUGCUCCCCUCUCUUCCCUAGACCAAUCAUUUGAACAAAUUUCACAGUCCUUCAACCCCAGAUCCAGGUCUUUCAUGAGCGAAUCAGUGGGAAGAUCAAGUGCAAUAUCAGAUUUCUACAUUACCAUAAUGUCAAAUGCUGCCACUGUCACAAGCCAUGAUGCUUGUAAGCUAAUGUGCAUCACAGAUACCACAUUGGAAACUCUGGAAAAUUUUAUUCCCUUAAGCCCUUAUAGACCCUUUGGCACUUACAUUUUCUGCACAGGAAAUGGAAAUUUAGGGAAGAAAAUUGUGAUAACAAACCCAGAUGCAGUUCUACAAGUCCUGUUUUUCUCUGCUCAAUUAAGCACCGAAGCAGAAGCAGCUCAAGUUGCCUACAAAAGCCUAAGAGAACAUACAAUUUACGGCACCGAACUGCAACAAAUUGCAGCACAGAAUGUUGUGCACUUAGAUCAACAACAGCUCCAGAAGUUUCCUCUGUCUGAAGAUGAUGCUGGUGGCUCAAAUGACCUUGGUCUGAGCCUAAGAGGAAGACUGUGCCUUCGGGCAGCAGCAGAAUUGGAGGAAAGAAAGUGUGAGAAGGAGAAAAAGUUGAAGGAGAAGAGAAGUUUUAUAGAGCAAAAGUUAACAAAGGAGCUUGGGGAAUACAGAGAAAUGUGGGCGCACCAAAGAGUAGGUUUUUACGAUGGAUUCAGGGAGCAUAAGAGAGCUGAAGACUUCAAAGCAAAUGUGACGAGGCUAGAAAUAGCAGGUGUGUGGGACGAGAUCAUUGAAAAGCUAAGAAAUCACGAACUCCCAGAUGAGUUUGAAGCGGAUAGAGAAUGGGUUGAUCUUGGAACAAGGUGUAGGGAACUGGUGGAGCCUCUAGACAUUGCUAAUUAUUACCGACAUGGGAGGCAUUACGAGGAUGAUGCUUCUUCUUACAUGGUUAAGGGAAGGCCAAAACGAUAUAGAUACCCUCAAAGAUGGUUGGAACAUGCUCAGAGAAGGCCACGAGAAACUAUCUCAACGUCUUGCUUCUGGGCUGAGGUGGAAGAGCUUCGCUACAAAACUGCUAAUGGUGAUGCUUCAUAUAGGAAUGUUGAGGAAAGGGUUGUGGGUUUGGUGGGUCAGAUAGAGGAAUGGUGUAAAAAAGGAGAAUUGGCUAAGGAUGUGUUCUUGGAGGGUUCCACCUUCGUCAAGUGGUGGAAAACUCUUCAUCCACGACACAAGAACCAACCCUCCAUUAUAAGUCUUAUCGGAGCGUGACACCAAACAAACUUAUCACAAAAGUUUUUUUUUUUUUUUCCCUCUUCUCUUUUCCUCAACACUUUCUCUUGCUUCCAUCUCUUGUUGCCUUUUGUUGUUGGAGAUAAAUUGAUGAUUUUCUAAUAAUUCCAUUUUCAUUCA